AUGGCCUCGAAGAGAACUGUGCGCCUGUCCCUGAAGCAGCCCACCUACGCCGUGUGUGUGGUGGGGGUUGAAAUGCUCAUAGACAUUCACAGAGAUGUGCCCAAGGGGGCUAAGACCUUUGGGGUCUCUGGAAGCUCUGGGGUGGAGGUCUUUGUGGUCUACAACCCAGCACGGGUGGCAGAGCCCACAGGCAAGGACCACUGGCCCCUGGACACUGACGUGGAUGUAGCUGUAUCUGUGGGUGCAGCCAGUAAGAACUUAAAUGAUCUCAAGGUGAAGGUCUCCUACUUUGGGCAGCGUGAGGACGGUGCCCUGGGUCACGCGGUGCUCUACCUCACUGGCAUUGAUGUCUCCCUUGAUGUGGACACGAGCCGCGUGGGCAAGGUGAAGAGGAGCCAAGGUGACAAGAAAACCUGGCGCUGGGGUCCUGAAGGCUAUGGGGCUGUCCUGCUGGUGAACUGUGACCGGGACAGUCCCAGGUUCAAGGACCCCGACUACACCAACAACCAGCUGGACUCACUGACUGACCUGCAGGACAUGUCCCCAGUGGUGUUGAGCUGUGAUGGCCCCGAUGAGAUCUUUGACAACCACAAGCUGGUCUUGAAAAUACCCUCGUCUGAUUCCAGAAGAGUGGGGGUCUUCUGCGCUCGGGGUGGGGAUUCCCUCGCAAACUACAAGCAGGUGCUGGGACCCAACCACCUGUCCUACGAGGUGGAGCGGCAGCCAGGAGAGCGGGAGAUCAGCUUCUAUGUGGAGGGGCUCACCUUCCCAGACACCGAUUUCUUGGGGAUGGUCUCCCUCAGCAUCAGCCUGGUAGACAUGGCAACCCUGCCCGAGGUACACCUCUUCACAGACAAGGUGGCUUUCCGUCUGGCCCCCUGGAUCAUGACCCCCAACACCCAGCCCCCACUGGAGCUGUAUGUGUGCAGUGUGGUAGAUGAUCAUGGCUCCAACAAGACGUUUUUGGACGACAUGUCUGAUCUGGCGUUGAAAGCCAACUGCAAGCUGGUUGUCUGCCCUAAAAUCGAAAAUCGGAAUGACCGCUGGAUCCAGGAUGAGAUGGAGUUUGGCUACAUCGAGGCUCCUCACAAAUCCUUCCCGGUGGUCUUUGACUCUCCCCGAAACAGAGGCCUGAAGGAUUUCCCCUAUAAGAAGAUUCUGGGUCCUGACUUUGGAUACGUAACCCGGGAGCUCCAAUUCAGCGGUGCCUCCAGUCUCGAUUCCUUCGGCAACCUGGAUGUCAGCCCACCUGUCACAGUGGGCGGCAAGGAGUACCCCCUGGGCCGGAUCCUCAUUGGAAGCAGCUUUCCCAAGUCUCCGGGGAGGCGGAUGAACAAGGUGGUCCGCAACUUCCUGCAGGCCCAGCAAGUCCAGGCGCCUGUGGAGCUUUAUUCGGACUGGCUCUCUGUGGGCCACGUGGAUGAGUUCCUGAGCUUUGUACCCACCGCUGACCAAAAGGGUUUCCGGUUGCUCCUGGCUAGCCCUAGCGCCUGCCUCAAGCUGUUCCAGGAGAAGAGAGAGGAGGGCUUCGGGCAGGCGGCCCAGUUCGAUGGGUUGAAAUAUAAGAAGAAUAGAAGCAUUGAUGAGAUGCUAGAGGAUAAACGUCUCCGGAAUGACAGUCUUUAUGUACAGAAAUGCAUCGACUGGAACCGCGAGGUGCUAAAGCGGGAGCUAGGCCUGACGGAACAUGACAUCAUCGACAUACCCCAACUCUUUGUUCUGAAGGAUUCCUACGCAGAAGCCUUCUUCCCGGACAUGGUCAACAUGGUGGUCUUGGGCAAGUACUUGGGCAUCCCCAAGCCCUUUGGGCCCAUCAUCAAUGGCCAGUGUUGUCUGGAGGAGACGGUGCGGGCCUUGCUAGAACCACUGGGCCUCCACUGCAUCUUCAUCGAUGACUACUUGUCCUACCAUGAACUGCUUGGGGAGAUCCACUGUGGCACCAACGUGCGCCGGAAGCCCUUUCCCUUUAAGUGGUGGAACGUGGUGCCUUGA